UUGCGGGCAGGCGGGCCGCCGCGAGGCGAGCGGCGCGGAGGCGGGGGGCUCAGGGCUCAGCGCUCACCACGCCGCUCCGCUCUCCCCGCCUCCAGCUCUCGCUCGCUGGUGCAGCUUCCCGCGGUCGCACUCUCGUUCCUGCCGCGGCCCUUCAGCUCCACCGCCUCCGGCAUUUCUCCUCCGCGUCGGUUCGCUCGCCCAGCGCCCCCGGCGUGCCGGCCCGGCCGGGCGCAGCGAAAAAACGGAGCGGGAGGUCGGCGCUGGAGCGCACCGGGGGCUCCCGCGAGCAGGGCCGGAGUGCAGUGUCCCAGCUGCCUGGCCGAGCCGGGCAUCCCGCGUCGGCGGCUCUUCCAUUCCGCGGACGGGGGCCCAGCGCCCCCACAGGCGCGCGUCUGACCCCUGCCCCGCCCCACCCUCCACAGGCAGGGCGGAUCCAAGCAGGGGCCAGAACCCAGGGUCCGCCCAGCGGGUGUCCGAUGCCCUCCCUGCAGCCUCUCCCCGGCGUAGGGACUUCUCCGCGGAGGCACAGGGAGGGCGACAGUUCCCUUUGGCACGGCUGCUGCGGAGCCAGGGGCGCUUCCUCGGUGGGUGCCUGAGCCCGGUACUCCCCUUCGGCUCCCGCUCGCGUCCUGCCUGCGCCCCUCUGCGCGCCCACGGCGGCCGAACCAUGUUGUGCUGCCUGCUGGUGAGGGCCAGCAACCUCCCCAGUGUGAAGAAGGACCGGCGCAGCGACCCGGUCGCCAGCCUGACUUUCCGAGGGGUGAAGAAGAGAACCAGAGUCAUCAAGAACUGUGUGAACCCCGUGUGGAAUGAGGGCUUUGAGUGGGACCUCAAGGGCAUCCCCCUGGACCAGAGCUCCGAGCUUCAUGUGGUGGUCAAAGACCAUGAGACGAUGGGGAGGAACAGGUUCCUGGGGGAAGCCAAGAUCCCACUCCGGGAGGUCCUUGCCACUCCCAGUCUAUCUGCCAGCUUCAAUGCCCCCCUGCUGGACACCAAGAAGCAGCCCACAGGGGCCUCGCUGGUCCUUCAGGUGUCCUACACGCCACUCCCGGGAGCCGUGCCCACGUUUCCACCCUCUGGGCCUCUGGACCCCUCCCCGACUCUGCCUGACCUGGAUAUGGUGGCUGGUGGGGGACAGAGCCGGGCCGAGACAUGGUCCCUGCUCAGUGACAGCACCGUGGACACGAGAUACUCUGGAAAGAAGUGGCUGGCCCCCACGGACACAGGAGGAGAGGAGGACACUGAGGACCAGGGGCUCACAGGAGAUGAGGCAGAGCCAUUCCUGGAUCAGGGUGGGGCCCCAGGUCCGGAGGGUCCCAGCACCCCAAAGAAGCCACCCUCCCAUCCUCCCCACUACCACCCUGGGGGCAAAAGAAAGAGAAGCGCACCCACGUCCAGAAAGCUGCUGUCGGACAAACCGCAGGAUUUCCAGAUCAGGGUCCAGGUGAUCGAGGGGCGCCAGCUGCCAGGGGUGAACAUCAAGCCUGUGGUCAAGGUCACAGCUGCUGGGCAGACCAAGCGGACGCGGAUCCACAAGGGAAACAGUCCAUUUUUCAAUGAGACUCUUUUCUUCAAUGUGUUUGACUCUCCCUCGGAGCUGUUUGACGAGCCCAUCUUCAUCACGGUGGUUGAUUCCCGUUCCCUCAGGACAGAUGCUCUCCUUGGGGAGUUCCGGAUGGACGUGGGUACCAUCUACAGAGAGCCCCGACAUGCCUAUCUCAGGAAGUGGCUGCUACUCUCGGAUCCUGAUGAUUUCUCUGCUGGGGCCAGAGGCUACCUGAAAGCCAGCCUUUGUGUGCUGGGGCCUGGAGAUGAGUCACCACUGGAGAGAAAGGAUCCCUCUGAAGACAAGGAGGACAUCGAAGGCAACCUGCUCAGGCCGACUGGCGUGGCUCUUCGAGGAGCACACUUCUGCCUGAAGGUCUUCAGAGCCGAGGACUUACCACAGAUGGAUGAUGCUGUAAUGGACAACGUGAAGCAGAUCUUUGGCUUUGACAGUAACAAGAAGAACUUGGUGGAUCCCUUCGUGGAAGUCAGUUUUGCAGGGAAAAUGCUCUGCAGCAAGAUCCUGGAGAAGACAGCCAACCCUCAGUGGAACCAGAGCAUCACACUGCCUGCCAUGUUCCCAUCCAUGUGUGAAAAAAUGAGGAUUCGCGUCAUAGACUGGGACCGCCUCACCCACAAUGACAUUGUGGCCACCACCUACCUGAGUAUGUCCAAGAUCUCUGCCCCUGGAGGACAAAUAGAAGUGGACGAUCACCUGGGCUUCCUUCCCACCUUCGGGCCCUGCUAUGUAAACCUCUACGGCAGCCCCAGAGAGUUCACUGGCUUCCUGGACCCUUAUGCAGAGCUCAACAUGGGCAAGGGGGAAGGUGUGGCCUAUCGGGGCCGGCUGCUGCUCUCCCUGGAGACAAAGCUAGUGGAGCACUGUGAGCAGAAGGUGGAGGAUCUCCCUGCUGAUGACAUCCUUCGGGUAGAGAAGUACCUCCGAAGGCGCAAGUAUUCCCUCUUUGCCGCCUUCUACUCGGCCUCCAUGCUGCAGGAUGUCGAUGAUGCCAUUCAGUUCGAGGUCAGCAUUGGGAACUAUGGUAACAAAUUCGACACGACCUGCCUACCGCUGGCCUCCACCACCCAGUUCAGCCGGGCAGUUUUUGACGGGUGUCACUACUACUACUUACCCUGGGGCAACGUGAAGCCCGUGGUGGUGCUCUCGUCCUACUGGGAGGACAUCAGCCACAGAGUUGAGGCUCAGAACCAGCUGCUCAGGAUUGCCGACCGGCUGGAGGCCAGCCUGGAGCGAGUCCACCUGGCGCUGAAGGCACAGCGCUCCUCCGAGGAUGUGAACUCCAUGCUGGCUCAGCUGAUGGAUGAGCUCACUGCAGACUGCAGCCAGCCCCUGAGUGAUGUCCAAGAGAUGCCCUCUGCCACCCACUUGGACCAGUACCUGUACCAGCAGCGCAUGGGUCACCUGAGCCAGAUCACUGAAGCAGCCCUGGCCCUGAAGCUCAGUCGCAGAGAGCUCCCUGCCACCCUGGAGCAGGCUGAGGACUGGCUCCUUCAGCUCCGUGCCCUGGCGGAAGAGCCCCAGAACAGCUUGCCUGACAUCGUCAUCUGGAUGCUGCAGGGAGACAAACGCGUGGCAUACCAGCGUGUGCCCGCCCACAAGGUCCUCUUCUCCAGGCGUGGUGCCAGCUUCUGCGGCAGGAACUGUGGGAAGCUGCAGACGAUAUUUCUGAAAUAUCCAAUGGAGGUGGUGCCUGGAGCCCGGAUGCCGGUGCAGAUACGGGUGAAGCUCUGGUUUGGGCUCUCUGUGAAUGAGAAGGAUUUCAACCAGUUUGCUGAGGGCAAGCUCUCCGUCUUUGCUGAAACGUAUGAGAACCAGACCAAGCUGGCCCUGGUUGGGAACUGGGGCACAACAGGCCUCACCUACCCCAAGUUUUCUGAUGUCACAGGCAAGAUCAAGCUACCCAAGGACAGCUUCCGCCCCUCGGCUGGCUGGGCCUGGGCUGGAGACUGGUUUGUGUGUCCAGAGAAGACCUUGCUCCAUGACACCGAUGCGGGCCACCUGAGCUUUGUGGAGGAGGUGUUUGAGAACCAGACCCGGCUCCCAGGAGGCCAGUGGAUCUACAUGAGUGACAACUACACGGAUGUGAACGGGGAGAAGGUGCUUCCCAAGGAUGACAUCGAGUGCCCACUGGGCUGGAAGUGGGAAGAUGAAGAGUGGUCAACAGACCUCAAUCGAGCUGUUGAUGAGCAAGGUUGGGAGUACGGUAUCACCAUCCCACCGGAGCGGAAGCCGAGACACUGGGUGCCGGCUGAGAAGAUGUACUACACACACCGCAGGCGGCGCUGGGUCCGCCUGCGCAGGAGAGACCUCAGCCAGAUGGAGGCGCUGAAGAGGCACCGGCAGGCCGAGGCAGAGGGUGAGGGCUGGGAGUACGCCUCGCUCUUUGGAUGGAAGUUCCACCUGGAGUACCGCAAGACAGAUGCCUUCCGCCGUCGCCGCUGGCGCCGCCGCAUGGAGCCCCUGGAGAAGACGGGGCCUGCAGCUGUGUUUGCCCUCGAGGGGGCCCUGGGCGGCGUGGUGGAUGACAAGAGUGAAGAUGCCAUGUCUGUGUCUACCUUGAGCUUUGGGGUGAACAGACCCACAAUUUCCUGCAUUUUCGACUACGGGAACCGCUACCAUCUACGCUGCUACAUGUACCAGGCCCGGGACCUGCCUGCCAUGGACAAGGACUCUUUUUCUGACCCCUACGCAAUCGUCUCCUUCCUGCAUCAGAGCCAGAAGACAGUGGUGGCAAAGAAUACCCUGAACCCCACCUGGGACCAGACACUCAUCUUCUAUGAGAUUGAGAUCUUUGGCGAGCCAGCCAGCAUUGCUGAGCAGCCACCCAGCAUCGUGGUGGAGCUGUAUGACCAUGACACCUACGGGGCAGAUGAGUUUAUGGGACGCUGCAUCUGUGAGCCGAGUCUAGAACGGAUGCCCCGGCUGGCCUGGUUCCCGCUGACCAGGGGCAGCCAGCCAGCGGGUGAGCUGCUGGCCUCUUUUGAGCUCAUCCAGAGAGAGAAGCCAGCCAUUCACCAUAUUCCUGGAUUUGAGGUGCAGGAUACAUCAGGGAUACUGGAAGAGUCAGAGGACACAGACCUGCCCUACCCACCACCGCAGAGGGAGGCCAACAUCUACAUGGUUCCCCGCAACAUCCAGCCAGUUCUCCAGCGUACCGCCAUCGAGAUUCUGGCAUGGGGACUGCGGAACAUGAAGAGUUACCAGCUGGCUAGUGUCUCCUCCCCAAGCCUUGUGGUGGAGUGCGGGGGCCAGACGGUGCAGUCCUGUGUCAUCAGGAACCUGCGGAAGAACCCCAACUUCGAUGUCUGCACCCUCUUCAUGGAAGUGAUGCUGCCCAGGGAGGAACUCUACUGUCCCCCCAUCGUGGUCAAGGUCAUUGAUAACCGCCAGUUUGGCCGCAGGCCUGUGGUGGGCCAGUGUACCAUCCGCUCCCUGGAGAGCUUCCUGUGUGACCCCUACUCAGAGGAGAGUCCGUCCCCGCAGGGCGGCCCAGAUGAUGUGAGCUUACUCAGUCCUGGGGAGGACGUGCUCGUCGACAUUGACGACAAGGAGCCCCUCAUCCCCAUCCAGCUUGCAGAUGGUCUUUUGGGCUCGGCCCCCACUAACAUGGCAUCUUCUCCAUCCAGUCCUCAUGAGGAGGAGUUCAUCGAUUGGUGGAGCAAAUUCUUUGCUUCUACAGGGGAAAGAGAAAAGUGUGGCUCGUACUUGGAGAAGGACUUUGACACUCUAAAGGUCUAUGACACACAGCUGGAGAAUGUGGCUGCCUUUGAGGGCCUGUCUGACUUUUGUAACACCUUCAAGCUCUACCGGGGCAAGACUCAGGAGGAGCCGGAGGACCCAUCUGUCACUGGGGAAUUUAAGGGCCUCUUCAAAAUUUAUCCCCUCCCAGAAGACCCAGCCAUCCCCAUGCCCCCAAGACAGUUCCACCAGCUGGCCGCCCAGGGGCCGCAGGAGUGCCUGGUCCGCAUCUACAUCAUCCGGGCAUUCGGCCUGCAGCCCAAGGACCCCAAUGGGAAGUGUGAUCCUUACAUCAAGGUCUCCAUAGGGAAGAAAUCAGUGAGUGACCAGGACAACUACAUCCCCUGCACUCUGGAGCCUGUGUUUGGAAAGAUGUUCGAGCUGACCUGCACUCUGCCUUUGGAGAAGGACUUGAAGAUCACUCUCUAUGACUAUGACCUCCUCUCCAAGGAUGAAAAGAUCGGAGAGACGGUCAUCGACCUGGAGGACAGGCUGCUGUCCAAAUUUGGGGCUCGCUGUGGACUCCCACAGACCUACUGUGUCUCUGGACCGAACCAGUGGAGGGACCAGCUGCGCCCAUCUCAGCUCCUCCACCUCUUCUGCCAGCAGCACAGAGUCAAGACCCCUGUGUACCGGACAGACCGUGUGGUGUUUCAGGAUAAAGAAUACAUUCUCGAAGAGAUAGAGGCUGGCAGGGUCCUGAACCCACACCUGGGCCCAGUGGAAGAGCGUCUGGCCCUGCACGUCCUCCAGCAGCAGGGCCUGGUCCCCGAACACGUGGAGUCCCGGCCCCUCUACAGCCCCCUGCAGCCAGACAUCGAGCAGGGGAAGCUGCAGAUGUGGAUCGACCUAUUUCCAAAGGCCCUGGGGCGACCUGGACCUCCCUUCAACAUCACCCCACGGAGAGCCAAAAGGUUUUUCCUGCGUUGCAUUAUCUGGAACACCAAGGAUGUGAUCCUGGAUGACCUCAGCAUCACCGGGGAGAAGAUGAGCGAUAUUUACGUGAAAGGUUGGAUGGUUGGCUUUGAAGAACACAAGCAAAAGACAGACGUGCAUUAUCGGUCCCUGGGAGGAGAGGGCAACUUUAACUGGAGGUUCAUUUUCCCCUUUGAUUACCUGCCAGCUGAGCAAGUCUGCACCGUCUCCAAGAAGGAUGCUUUCUGGAGGCUGGACAAGACUGAGAGCAAAAUCCCAGCCCGAGUGGUGUUCCAGAUCUGGGACAACGACAGGUUCUCCUUUGAUGACUUUCUGGGCUCCUUGCAGCUGGAUCUCAACCACAUGCCCAAGCCUGCCAAGACAGCCGAGAAAUGCUCCUUGGACCAGCUGGAUGACACUUUCCACCCAGAGCGGUUUGUGUCCCUUUUUGAACAGAAAACAGUGAAGGGCUGGUGGCCCUGCAUGGCAGAAGAGGCUGAGAGGAAGACCCUGGGGGGCAAGCUGGAGAUGACCUUGGAGAUUGUAGCAGAGAGUGAGCAUGAGGAACGGCCUGCUGGCCAGGGCCGAGAUGAGCCCAACAUGAAUCCUAAGCUCGAGGACCCCAGGCGCCCUGACACCUCCUUCCUCUGGUUCACGUCCCCGUACAAGACCAUGAAGUUCAUCCUGUGGCGGCGGUUCCGGUGUGCCAUUGUCCUCUUCAUCAUCCUCUUCAUCCUCCUGCUGUUCGUGGGCAUCUUCAUCUACGCCUUCCCGGUGAGCGGGCCUGAGGGGAGGCAUGGAGCCUGUCUUGGAGGAGCCCUUGGUUUGAUGAGGGAGACGUAGCCUCCACUCUGGGGGGUUCCUAGUCUGGGAAGGAGACACAGUCCUACCCUUGGAACAGAGUCCCAAGGCAAAGUCCUCAUAGUCCAGUGGGAGAAACUGAGUCCUUGCCCUUGAUGGGAGACACAGCUGUGCUUGGCAAGCCCUUGGGAGGUGAGGCUUCUUGGAUAGGGGUAGGCAGGGGAACCUUGUUGAAGGAGCAUGUGAGGCUGGGCAUGGAAGGGAAGGGAAGGUGCAUGUGGCAGAGCAGAGAAGAAGGCCCCUCAUUUCUGAGAAUGGCUCCUUUGAGGGCCAGAGGAAGGGAGGAGCUGGGCUGGGAUAGAGCGUGCCCUGGCUCCUGCAGCAGGGUGGGCAGGGCGCCGGCCCAGAAGCCUGUCACUUGGCAUGGUGCACCCUGGGGGUCCCUCUCACCUGGUGAGAAGCCAGAUGAUGCCUGAGUCACACUAGUGAGGGCUGCACCCCCAGCUCCACUGGGCCCCUCCCAAGGGAGGAGGGUCUGCAUCUCUGUUCCCUGCCUGUUCUUCCUGGUCCUCACAGCUCAGCUCAUGAGGGUAACCUUGAAGAUGCUCCAGUCCCCACUCUGAG